GACAGCGAGUUUCAUUUCGCCUGCAGCUACGAACGCGGAGUCGCGAGUUGAGUUCCCGCUCAACUCAACCCGGGUGACGAUGAUCUGAGCCGAUCCCGGGCCUGCCCCGAGGUCGACUCAGCCUCAAAUGAGCACCUCCCGCGAAUCCCUGUCCUCCAUUCGUGAAGGAAUCGCCCUGACUUCUCCACUCGGAACAACAAAAGCAACAACAAUAUUCAUACUAUUAUUGUUGUUUGGAACGGUGGUCGCUGACAGUGCGGGGGUUGGGAAUGGCUCGGAGUCCGGAGCUCGGCGCCAAAACAGAACACGACGUGAUUUUAUGGUCGUCACCCCAGAGAAAAUGAACGCCGUAGCAGGCAGCAAGAUUUUCCUGCCCUGCUCCUACACCUGUACAAUCAGUGGCGUUACCCACACGCUGGUGGAGUGGUUCACGGUCAGAGAUGGACUUGAAGAAAGGAUUUAUCAAUUCCCCAAUGGAAAUAGCAGCCGCGGGCCUUUACAUGCCACCUGGAUGGGUGAUGUGUCCAAGUGCGACGCCUCCAUCACCGUCAGUGACAUCAAGACUCACAACUCUGGGCGAUAUCGCUGUGAGGUCACGGUGUUUCCACAAAACAAGCACGACAUUGGGUAUCUACAGCUGAAUGUCACCAGUCUAUCAGAACUCGUGGUUGUGACCCCAGAUAAAAUGGACGCCAUGGCAGGCAGUACAUUUAUCCUGCCCUGCUCCUACACCUGCACAAUCAGCGGCGUUACCACGAAGCUGGUGGAGUGGUACAGGAUCAUCGACGGACGUGAAGACAGGAUUUAUCAAUUCUCCGAGGGAGAGAACAAACACUGGCCUUUACAGGCCACCUGGGUGGGUGAUCUGUCCAAGUGCGACGCCUCCAUCACCGUCAGCAACAUCCAGACCCACGACUCUGGGCGAUAUCGAUGUGAGGUCACGUUUUUUUCCCAAACUGGGCAAUACCACAUUGGGUAUCUACAGCUGACUGUCCACCCACGAACAGACCUGGCCGUUGUCACCCCAGUUGAGUCCAGAGUAGGCAGCACGGUUCUCCUGCCCUGCUCUUACACCUGCACCAUCGGUGACAUUACAAGCACGCUGGUGGAGUGGUUCAGGACCAUAGGCGGACACAGUGAGAAGGUUUAUAAGAUCAAAUACAGUAAGAGAAGCCUCAGGCCAUUGCAGGUGACGUGGGUGGGUGAUGAUUCCACGUGUGACGCCUCCAUCACCAUCAGCGACAUCCAGACCCACGACGCUGGGCGAUAUCGCUGUGAGGUCACGAUUUAUCGAUACGACAAGCCAAGCAUGAAAGACAUCGGGUAUCUGCAGCUGAACGUUCACAAUGAACCAGAACCGACAGACGCAACGCCCACGCCAAGUCCAGCUUCAGCUCCAUCACCUGUAAUUGGCAUCGUCCUUGGAGUCAUUGCUGCUCUUCUGGUUGUUGCUGUUGUAGUUGGUUUUUACUGUUGGAAGAAGAGACAAAGUCGACUAAGAGAAGCAGAAGCCCCGGUUGAAGAAAUGCAGCCAAUGGACCCAGUUGGAUAAGAUGAGAACCGACAGACGCAACGCCCAAGCCAAGUCCAGCUACAGCUCACCUGUAGUUUGGAUCGUUCUUGGAGUCAUUGCUGCUCUGGGUGCUGUUGCUGGAGUUGUGUUUUUUUACUGCUGGAAGAAUAUUUGCAAGUUGAUGUCUCAUACUGUGAUUUAACGCGGAUAGGUGAAUUCUAUUCUGUGAAAAAAAGUGUAUUUUUACAUUCGAGUACAGCAAACUCUUCGCUCUCGCGGGUUUAGCUAUCGCGAUUUUGCCGUUUCGUGCCAAGUCUAUUGAGCUACAGAGUUCGCCGAUCUUAGCGCUGUGGAUGAUCACGAGAUUUCUGUACGCGUCAUAACUAUACUGCUCGCGAUGAUGCUGCUGCUGCCGUGGAGGAACACACGCAGUGCCAUCUUAUCUCCAUCUUGCCUCUGUAUUGUCUCCAUCUUGUCUCCAUCUUGUCUCCCGUCUCUUCUCUCAAGCGGCCCAUUGGGGGUCCCGGGUCACGUGGUGUUUCCAGCCUCGAGUGAGGAGGCAGUGACGUUCAGCCGCCCGCCAUUUUGUCUUAUUUCGCGCGCCAUUUUGUCUUCUAUCGCGCGCCAUUUUGUCUUCUAUCGCGCGUUCGGAACCGUGAACCAAACCCCGUUAUCCCCAUUUACCCACAUGUCUCCGUAGAUGUUUUUCAGCAAAACCCGACAACGUAGAUGCUGAGUUGUUUUUGGGUUAACGGCAAGAAUGUUGACCCCAGAAACAAGCACGGGUCAUUGUGAUGGCUACAAUGACGACUUACCCCUAUUGGUAGGAAAUACAGGCAUACCGCUUAUAGCAAAUGUUUACCAAGAACGCAUCUUGAGCGCUAUAUGAGGUAUGCCUGUGUAGGGGAUGUCCAAGCCAUCCUCACACACACCACAGAGACACACAAUCUCCGCACUCAACAUAGCACACACCAAUAACACGCACGUGAAUACACUAGACGGGGGUCAAGGGAUUAAAGGGCAUGAACGUCACACGCACACGGCGCGCGAGACAGAGAUGUUGGUUAGGAAGCAGGGUGGAGAUGGAGGGUUUAAAAGGAGC